AUGGAAUUGCGAUUCGUCGGUGGAGUUUACGGCGGUAACACAAAACCUACACCUUUCCUGUGUUUAGUCCUGAAAAUGUUGCAGAUUCAGCCCGAUAAGGACAUUGUGAUUGAAUUUAUCCGUCAAGAAGAUUCAAAGUACAUACGGGCACUGGGAGCCUUGUAUAUGAGACUUACGGCUUCAUAUGUAGAAGUUUACAAAUAUCUCGAGCCACUGUUCAACGAUUAUCGUAAGCUGCGAUGGAUGAAUAAAAAUGGAACUUUCGAAAUUGUACACAUGGAUGAACUAAUCGAUAAACUUUUGAGAGACGAAUCUAUAUGCGACAUUCAGCUUCCAAGGUUGCAGGUACGUCCGUAUUUUUUAUUCUUCGUCGUGUAUAGAUUUUUGAAAAGGAUGAAUUUGACGUUUAGGCGGCGCAGUCACAGCCCUAGUUACGGAAAGGACAAGGAUCACGAACGGGAUCGAAGACGAAGAUCAAAAUCUAGAGAAAGAAGAAAAUCUCCAGGUUCUUUCCCAGCACUUUUUACCAUGCUUUGGUGGAGCUGCAAUUAUUUGCAAACACCCAUUCAUCUCAUCUUUAUAGCCCACCGUAGAUUUAAGAUAGCGAGGCCAGCAGCCUCUGCAUUUUUUCAGAUGCUUUCAGUAUUGUAA